GUUGGGGUGGGGGACUUGUAGGUUGUGGGAGCGCCAUUGAGCCAUGGGAGCCCACUGCUGUGGCUUCCGAAAGGAGACGGAGGCCAAGGCGAUUGGCAGUGAAGUGGAGGCCGACGCUUGCUGGAGCAAAGCAGGCCCUGGAGCGUGCCAGGGCUCUCCAGCAGGGAGGACAGCAAGACGCGGCUGUCAGGUCCAAUACCAGCUGUACCGCAUCCGCAUGCUGGAAUGGCUCAACCGCCGCGAUCAGCAGGAGCUCGAUCCAAAGGUGAUCGACGAAUCGUAUCCUCUACCUCGUCCUAUGCGGUUGCGCUGGGGCAGCCCUUCGUAUCGGAGUCGCACAAACUCGCACUCGAGCACGCAGCCUGCGACAAGUGGCGAAAAAGUCGAAUGAACGGCUGGAGGACGGACGUGCUGCAGCAGCUGUGUAUUGAGAUGACUUGUGCAGAGAUGCAAC